CUGGAUACCGCGUCAGAAUGUUUAAUCCUCGCUUUCUCGUUGUCAGUCUGGGCAAUCCCUUGCCCAAAUACGAAAGUCUACAUUCUGCCGGUCAUUUCGCUCUCAAUGGCCUUGCUCAAGUCUUGCGUCAACCCUCGUUUCGAGAGGUGACUUUCGGAAAUCAGACAUGCCUGGUAUCUCAAGGCCCAAAAUACACCCUGGUUCAAUCGCCUACUCUGAUGAACGUCUCUGGACGUUUUGUUGCAAAGGCGUGGAAAGAAAUGACCAAUCAACAUGACCCCUCAUCACUCAGUCUAGUGAUUGUUCACGAUGAACUCGAAAAGGACUUGGGCAUUGUGCGGCUCACGGCGUGGGACCGAAGUCACAAAGGUCACAAUGGCAUCAAAAGUGUCAAGGGAUCUCUUUCGCAAAAUAAAUACCCAACGUCGCCAUUUGUACGAAUUGCUGUUGGGAUUGGACGACCAGCGGAGAGGGACCCGGAGACCGUUAGCCGUUACGUUCUUGAUCGGAUAUCAAGCGACAAAAGGAGAAUUCUAGAAGAGGAAGCACCAUGGAAAGUUGCCGAGUGCCUUGUUGAGCUGGAAAAAGAAUGGAAGGCUGAGCUCAAGACAUGAUUCGACCACCUGGACAGGGUCCUAUCAACUGCGACGAUGCAACCCCAGAAUUCUGUUGCGCCAGUAACAGCGUUUUGUCUCAAGAAAAGCAAGACGCAAGUGCAGUCUGGAACAUUACAGCUCUGUUUUCAGGCCAAUCUCGAAACAAGGUCACGGGCGAUCAGAAUGGUCGUUAUUUGACCACGGUCAAAAUACUAUCAACAGAGAUACCCAACUGAGAUAUCUGAGUCCCG